CAGCGGACUACUCAAACUCGUUCAAAAUGCGAGCAAGACAUCUACAUAUAACCCUUUUAUUGGCGCUGAACAUUAUGCAAGUGCUACCUGAAAACAUUGUUGGAAUUUCUGGAAACAAUGUGCUCCUCCCUUGUGUUGUCAGUGCACCAAAGCCACUAGAUGUGCAAACUGUCAGUUUUGUAUGGAAAAAGACGCCAAAUAUUACCGUGGUUAGGUUCUCAUCUGGGAAAAACAACAUUGUCCAUGGAUAUCCAGACCGUUAUUUGUUAAACAAUGAACAAAUAGCUAAAGGAAAUUUUUCACUGGUGUUGUUAAAUAUUCAAAAAACAGACGAAGGGAAUUAUAGGUGCUACCUGCCUCCAGGUCAACCACCACAGGAUGUCAAGCUCACUGUUAAAGAACCUGAAGCUGUAGUCACUGAAAAAAGCAAGAGUUUAGGAAAAGAACCUGGAAACACUGCUGUGAAUUUAAUUCCACAGAAAUAUGUUGCAUUCCUCAUUUCUUCAUCAUUUCUACUCUAUCUUGUGGGAUGAGUUUUAGAUAUCAGAAGAUAAAGAAGACAAUCUAGUUAAAUCAUAUAAUUUAAAACUUCUACAAUUUCUGCCUGAUUAAAUUAGAUUUGUAUACUUGGUAGAUUCAAUUUGAGGGGAAAUGUUAUUUUUUUAAUACAAAAUAUGAUUAGCAGUAAAAAAAACAAGAUUCUCUGUCAGGGUGGCACAAUUAAAGCACACACAACCAUACUUCAAGGGAUAAAAAGCAAAAAAGUGGCAAAUGCAUUCACAGUCAAGGUAUUACUGCUUUUUAUGCUGUGUAGUCACAAUGGAUGCAAAAACAUCUUCCCAGUGGUCCAGUUGGCGAU